AUGUCUAUCAACACCGAAUCCUCUGCUUCUCAGAUCGCUCCCGCUCAAGUUACGGAAUCCAUGGGCAAUCUAUCAAUCAACGGAGCGCCUGACACCGCUGACACAAACACCAACGUGUCCACCCCCAACUAUAACCCCAUGUUUGGCCAGGCUUCCCUCACGGACCAUCUCGAUGGUUCUGCACACAACCCCAUCACCGAGCACCCAUCUGUUGGGCAACCUCCCGUCGUCCAGGGCAUUGUCCGCCCCGUCGACUUCCGUGGGAAUCUCAUCCCACUCUUCGUUCCCGUCGCCGGUUUCGCCUACAUCACACGUCUCGACGACUUCCACUUCGGUAUACUCGACCCCGACACCGGCAAGACGUUCUCCAUCCACGCCGCCACUCUCAAAGCGUUCAUCAGCUUUGCGUACAAGGCAGUCUCCAUUCCGGAGAUACCGGCCCAACCCCUUUUCGAGCCGCUCAGCUAUCGCGAGUUCGUCCGCCUCCUCCAUCGCAACCCCGUCCAACCAAAUCGCCUCACGGUUGUCGACAUCAACGGUCAGGUCGUGUCACCCCCAUCAGCUGCAUUGUUUCCUAUUCGAGUUGAUUUUCCUAACGACAAGUAUCUCGAGGAAGCACUCAAGGUCCGUCGGUCUUUCGGAGGACCAAAGCGCGUGACUCAGGUCAAUGACAUCAUUCUUAACUCGGCCUCGAACAACGCCGGGAACCACCACAACGAUGGGAAGGGAAAAAGGAAAGGAAAGUCACACAACAAGGACUUCGGUAAUUUCUUCCUUCCUCUAGCUUAG